AUGUCCAGUGAUAGAAGGUAUAAAGAUGGUGCUGGUAUACAGCAGGAUAGGCCAUUGUCAAAAAGAAACUCGUCUGUAUCCUCAUCUUCAUCGCGAUCGACCGCUACAAGCGUGGAGACAAUUGUAACCAAGCUGUUAAUGUCCACAAAACAUUUGUUGCAGACGUUGACCCAAUGGUCUAGGAUGGCAGUGACCGAAAAAUCUGUUUCUAAUGCGUAUGUUCAGCUAGGGAACGAUUUCAAAGUAGUUUCGAAGUUCUUUACUCAUUGUGGCAUCGAUGUUAGGGACUUAGGAGAUGUGCCCUUAGAUUUGAGAAGAGUUUUGGAAGUAGCGUUGAGAGAGAAGCCCUCGGAUAAUAAUCUGAACAAGUACCUACCAACUAUCCGGGAGAUUAUUGUUACACUUUUGGAUAAAUUGAAAGUGAAGCAGGCGAUGUUAAAAUCGAUGAAACAUGAGCAGUUGGUUAAGGAGACACAACACCAGCAACGCCCUUCAAUUGUAAGCAGUCUGGCGCUGUCUUCAACAUCGACUCCAACGCGCUCUUCAAACCCUAAUAUCACUACUACACCAUCUGUAGCGCCAGAAGUCCCCAAGCGGGAAACAAGUCAAAAAGAUAGUUUAAAGAAUGAGACUGGGCGUAGUGCCGAGCUUCUGACUCCAACGAGGCAACGAACACUAUCGGAAAAUGAAGCGCUUUCACGCUUGAAGCAUGGAUCUAACCUUCAAAGGCGGGCAUCCAAAAGAUUCUCUGCAUAUCAUAUGGCAAAGUUUACAAAUCAGUCGACCACAGAGGCUGCAGCGGCGGCGGUAGCCUCUGUACCAAGCUCGGCUCAAUCCAAUCCAUUGCCAUGUAAUCUAUCUGCAGAUACGUCGGACAAGACACCAGAAAGUUCACCUCGGCAGUCCCUACCAAAAUCUGAUACUAAACUAAUUUCCCGCUUGGAUAAUGGGGCUGUAUAUACUUUGUUCUUGACGAUGGACGGUAAGACAAAGAAAUGCACAUUGCCAAGGCCAACUAGCAUGAACGCGCUAAAAUUGUUGUUUGUGGAGAAAUUCGCAUAUUCUCCUGGUGGAGAGGACUUUCCUAAUCUCUACAUGAAGGAUCCGAAAUAUGGCGUGUUUUAUGAGCUCGACGAACAAGGUCUUUUAGAGCUCUGUGACGGCUGCGUCAUUGAGCUUCGCAGACAGCAGCACGACGAUUCUGUUUCGAAUCAGAUUUCGGGGAUGAUCGAACAGUUGAGAAACGAGAUUUCAAAAAGUCAAGAGAAUCUCUUGAAUCAGGUCAGAAGUUUGACGAUACAGAGCCAACAGCCUAACACAUCAAACACUACUAUAGGGAAAGAAUCGCAUCAAAGGUCAACAACAGCAUACGAGAGCCUUCUUCAACUCAAGCAAGAAGUCUCAGUGAUGCGCCAGUUACAGAGAGAAAAUAAAACAAACGUCGAGAGUACAAUCGCAACGAUAACAGAAAAACUUUCAAAAUUUAGAACGCUUUCUCUAAGUCCCGCUGCAUCUUCGAAUAGAGCGUAUAUGGAUAAGUCUCAAAGCCAACUGGGAGAAGAGUCCGACGCUUUGCUAAGUAGAGUCGAUGACCUUCAAGACUUGAUUGAAAUUCUGCGGAAAGAUGUGGCUGCUCGUGGAGCUAAACCAUCGAAGAAGAAGCUUGAAUCUGUCCAGAAAGACCUCAAGGCUGCUCAAGAAGACCUACAGAAGAUGAAACAAUAUAUUGUCACGGAGAAGCCGCACUGGAAGAAAAUUUGGGAAGCGGAAUUGGACAAAGUUUGUGAAGAGCAGCAAUUUCUUACAUUACAAGAGGAUCUCGCGGCAGAUUUAGAUGAAGAUCUGGGCAAGGCCCUGGAGACGUUUGAUCUAGUUAGUCUCUGCUGUGCGGAACAGGAAAAAAAUCCAAAAAGAUCUAAGACCGCCCCAAUCCUUCCUAUUCCUAAGCCCGGGACGCUAAACGUGGUGAGAGACCAGCUUUUAGUUGAGGUACAGUCGCUUAAUCCCGACCACGAGAGCAGAGUUGAAGCGCUUGAAAGGGCAGAGAAAUUGUGGUUGAAGGAAAGAGAAUACAGAGACAAUGGAGAGUUUGAAGAAGAGCUUGGCCAUUUCGUCGAAAAGUCGAGCUUCAAGAGAUCUGGAGGAGUUGAAGAAGUCGAAAGGCUACGGAGACAGAAGGAUGAGGAAAAUCUUCGAGCCAAUUUUGGCGGACUAGCAUAG